AUGAGUGGUGAGGUUAUCAGCAGAUCGGCAGCGACAGAGUUAGUGGGUUGGGUACCAGAAGACGCAAACCGCGGUACAUGGUCCCUCAUCACUUCUUGUUUGUUCACUAUCGCGAUUUGUACUUGGACGGCUAUCCAUCCUCGCAUCCAUGUUUCUCUAAGACUUCGACUCAAACACAAGUUCUACCAGCUUAUAAAGGCCAUUUUAGCCCCUGAGAUGGCGCGCAAAGCUGUAAGGCGAUGCGCCCAUGCAACUGACAAAGAGUUCAAGACGAUCCACGGUUUUUAUCUUUGCAUGAUGGGGACACGGUACAAUUCCGGGAACGAUGGAGGAUAUCGGACAUUAUGGCCGGGCCAAUACGCCUGGCUAUUGAACAACAGCUUGGUAUCUUGGAAAGAUCACAAGAACUGGGGACUUUCCAAAGAGGAUAUCUCAGACAAGAACAAGGCAGACGGUCUGGUCAAACUUGCUGCUCUCCUUCAAGUCUGUGCAUCACCUACCUUUGGCCACCCUAGAAACAAUGACCUUGGCGAGAAGCCGAAAGAUAUAGUGACCGCAUCUUUCGUCAGCUUGCCGCAAAUGACGCCCGCCCAGUGGACAAAGUUUGAAAGUCUGGCAAUGGAGAACACAUACGACGUCUCUCACCAGGGCCAGGAACAUAGCGAUGCUAUUGCGUGGUAUAUCGUUCCCCGCGACUAUCGAGAUGAUGAAGUAGGAGUGAUGGAGGAACAAGAACAGCAUCUGGGAGAGAGUGUUUCCUUGACCGAAUCUGACGGACAGAAAGCUGAGCCAGCCGUCGUUAUGACUGAGGAAGACGCGAGUGUCAUCACGGAAUGGGACGCAAAUCUGUACAUGACCAGAUACUGGCCGCUUCUAUGCCUCCUGGGGGCAUGGUUUGGAGCAAUCCACCUAGUUUCAAAGAUAAGUCUUAGUAGAGUUAUAAUAGCGGUAGAGACUUAUAUAUUAAAAUUUAAUAAUUAA